UGGCUGGUGCUACCCGAGCUGUCCCCGUCUUCAUCUUGCAGUCGUCCAGCCUAGAAAUGGUGUAUGAGCGAUAUCGGAGAAGGGGCAUACGAACAAGUGUAUAAUAAAGUCUUCCGGCGGGUUCAGCAGGGUGAAAAGAGCGGCUGUGAUUGUCAGGACAAGGCGGAAGACCGGACAGGAAGCAGCUGGACUACGGGGCUCCUCCCUCGCGGAGGCGGUAUUUGCUCUUCAACGCGUCCGGAGGGGGAGGAACUAGAGCCGACGCUAAACUUUUUAGGAAUUGCCAAGCAGGCCCCUCCUCGUUCCCUCGGUUUUUGUUGGUGGCGUACGAUCCAGGUCACAUUAACUGAAAGUGAUUCAAACAAGGAUGGGGCAUAUUUUUUCCUGAACUGUGAUCAACACGGCCUUUAAGCUGAGACAAAUUGCUAGUACCCUGCUUUGAAAACAGAGAUUUCUGUGGUUCAUUACAAAGGGUGAAGGGGCAGACUAGAAUACAAUAACUGAGACGGUGAUGGAGGAACCAGAAGUGCUCUUUGAAGAACUGCUGGAAAGAGCAAAAGCUGGAGAACCUAAGGCACAGACUGAGGUGGGUAAGCACUACUUGAAGCUAGCAGAAGAGCAAAACGAGGAGCUGAACAGUUGCGGUGCAGUUGAGUGGUUGAUCCUUGCUGCCAAGCAAGGGCGAAGGGAAGCUGUUAAACUGCUGAGGAGAUGUUUAGCAGAAAGAAGAGGCAUCACUUCAGAGAAUGAGCAAGAAGUGAAGAAAUUAUCAUCAGAGACUGAUUUAGAAAGAGCUGUGAGAAAGGCUGCGUUAGUCAUGUACUGGAAAUUAAAUCCAAAGAAGAAAAAACAGUUGGCUGUUUCAGAACUACUAGAAAAUGUUGGCCAAGUUGACAGUGAAGGUAGUGAGAAACACCCUGGUCCAGUUCCAAAGUCUGUUCAGAAGCAAAGAAGAAUGCUUGAACGGCUGGUGAGCAGUGAACCUAAGAAUUAUAUUGCCUUGGAUGACUUUGUUGAAAUAACAAAAAAGUAUGCAAAGGGCAUCAUCCCAACCAACCUACUGGUGCAAGAUGAUGAUGAUGAUGAACUGGUGGGGAAAAGUCCAGAAGAACUUCCACUCCGACUCAAGGUCAUAAAGUAUCCUCUUCAUGCCAUUAUGGAAAUCAAAGAGCACCUUAUAGAUAUUGCAUCUAAAGCAGGAAUGCAUUGGCUGUCCAGUAUUAUUCCAACACACCACAUCAACGCACUCAUAUUCUUCUUCAUCAUCAGUAACCUGACUAUUGACUUCUUUGCAUUUUUUAUCCCAUUAGUUAUCUUCUAUCUCUCCUUCAUUUCCAUGGUGAUUUGCACCCUGAAAGUAUUCCAAGAUAGUAAAGCUUGGGAAAACUUCCGCACCCUCACUGACUUGCUGCUUCGUUUUGAACCGAACCUAGAUGUCGAGGAAGCAGAAGUGAACUUUGGCUGGAACCAUUUAGAGCCAUACCUUUACUUCCUUCUCUCGGUGUUCUUUGUCAUUUUUUCCUUCCCUAUAGCUAGUAAGGACUGGAUACCACGCUCAGAGCUGGCUACAAUCUCUGUUUUCUUCAUGGUGACAAGUUACAUUAGUUUGGGCACGAGUGCUGAACCCUACACGCGAAGAGCAUUACUAACAGAGGUUGCUGCAGGCUGCCUCUCGUUAUUGCAGGUUGUACCUCUACAUUUGGGCCAUUUGAAGCUAUUGGGGAAAACCUUUUACAGUAUUCCUGUUGGCCACUUCUUUGUCCUGAAUGUGAGCAUUCCUUGCCUUUUAUUUUUGUAUCUGUUUUACCUGUUCUUUAGAAUGGCACAGAUGCGGAAUUUUAAAGGCACGUAUUGCUACCUGGUUCCUUAUUUAGUGUGUUUCAUGUGGUGUGAACUCUCAGUGGUUGUUUUACAAGAAUCAUCUGGUAUUGGGCUAAUUCGUGCCUCAAUUGGUUACUUCUUGUUCCUGUUUGCUCUUCCUAUUCUAGCGGUAGGCAUUGCACUAAUGUGUCUUGUCCACUUCAUCAAAUGGUUCAUAACAUUAGAGCUAGUGAAAAUUAUGGUAACUCUUGUGUUAUGUGCUAUUCCGUUGCUUUUCCGGUGGUGGACAAGGGCCAGCAUCUCUGUGAUUGAAAUUGUGAAAUCCCUCACAAAGAGUUCAAUAGUUAAACUUAUUUUGGUGUGGCUUACUGCCAUAGUGUUGUUCUGUUGGUGUUAUGUGUACCGCUCAGAGGGCAUGAAAGUGUACAACUCCACCUUGACAUGGAAUCAGUAUGGGUUUUUGUGUGGGCCACGGGCUUGGAAGGAAACCAACAUGGCACGCACCCAGAUCUUAUGCAGUCAUUUAGAGGGCCAUAGAGUGACUUGGACAGGACGCUUCAAAUACGUGAGAGUUACCGAGAUCGACAAUAGUGCAGAAUCAGCAAUAAACAUGCUUCCCCUUUUUAUUGGUGGCUGGUUGAGAUGCUUGUAUGGUGAAACCUAUCCAGCAUGUGACCCCCAAAAGGUUACCCUGGAAGAGGAGGAACUCUGUCGUCUAAAGUUUCUAACAAAACAUGACUGUCACAUGAAAAGGUUUGAUCGCUAUAAAUUUGAAAUAACAGUUGGCAUGCCUUUCAAUAGUGUUAAUGCAAGUAAGGUUAUGGAGGAGGAUGUAACCAAAGAUAUUGUGCUGAAGGCAAGCAAUGAGUUUAAGAAAGUAUUGCUGAACUUGAGACAAGGAAGCACAAUUGAGUUCAGCACCAUUCUGGAAGGCCGUCUUGGCAGCAAAUGGCCUGUAUUUGAGCUGAAAGCCAUCUCAUGCUUAAAUUGCAUGUCUAAACUUUCACCUGCAGGAAGGCAUGUGAAAGUAGAGCAUGACUGGAGAAGCACCGUUCAGAAAGCUCUCAGAUUUGCCUUUGAUUUUUUCUUUUCCCCAUUUUUGUCAGUUGCAUGAUGAAUUUUAUUUAUAAUACCUGCACAACUAAAGAAUUGGCAAUGUUUAAAUUUAAUGCAAAUAGUUUUGAAUAUGGUGCACGAUGCCAUCUUAGUAAUUCCUGUGCUAGAGUUACCCUAACCCUAACCCUAUAUGUGAAAAACUCACUUUAUCUGCAUAUUAAGAGCAUGAACAAUGUUUCCUACAAGAGUUGACGUUUAACAUCAACUAGAGAUAUUGAAAACACUUUAUUUUUCUGCUUUUGUACACUUCUAUAUAUAUACCUUAAAGCUGACCUCAUGAGUGACCACAGUUUUGUGUCAGUUAUGCUGUGAUUCAUAGAAAAAUAUUAACUGUGCUAUGAGGUUGAAUACAUGAUUUGCAUAAGCUGUUUGGAGGUAAAGUGUAAGUUGUUCAAGAAGGACAGACUUUAACUCAGUCACCAGUUUUAAGUUUCAUUGAAAGUAUUAUUCAUUAAAAAAGGAAUUUGGUUUUGUUAGAAUACUUGAAUGAUUAGAAUGGAAAGUCUGAACAGCUAAUAUAUAGAAAUUUGCCCUGGAGAUGGAAAUGAAUAUCUGGCUAAUGGUCUGUAUUUGUGAAUUAGAAACAUAAAAUUAAACAAAGAUUCAAA